UGAGUUCUCCCAGCGACGCGAACGCUGUGCACUCCGGAACUCCAAAGGCUCCCACCGCCCGAGGGUCCCGCACCCGGACGUCUUCGCUUCUAUCAUGGCGCUGAGAAGGGCCGUCCUGUCCCUAAUGCUGCUCAGCGGCCUGCGAGCUGAUACUGAAGAGAAAGAAGUCCAAGCAAUGGUGGGCAGUAACAUCAAGCUCCGCUGCAUUCACCCCAAAGAAAAGAGUUUUGAUUUAAAUGAACUUCAUGUUUAUUGGCAAAUCAGUGUUACUGGCACGCCAGAAAGUGUGACUUACUACCUGUCCGGGAACAGCUCCGUGGGCCAUGACAAUAACCAGUACAAGGACCGGGCCAAGAUGUCACUGGACCGCAUGAAGCAGGGUGACUUCUCCCUAAGCCUGUACAACAUCACCCCCCAAGACGAACAGAAGUUUAACUGCCUGGUGUUCAGGAACUUAGACAAGAUUUUGGAUAUUGUGGUCACGCUGCACGUGGCAGCAAACUACAGCAUGCCCGUGGUCAUCACCCCCGCGAGCACCGCCCAGGACGAGGAGCUCACCUUCACCUGCAUGUCGACGGAUGGCUACCCCAAGCCCAAUGUGUACUGGAUCAACAAGACGGACAACAGCCUGCUGGACGAGGCCCUGCAGAACAGCACGGUCUCCCUGAACGCGCGGGGCUUGUACGAUGUGGUCAGCGUCCUGAAGAUCCGGCGGAUCCCCAACGUGAAUGUCGGCUGCUGCAUCGAGAACGUGCUUCUGCACCAGAACCUGACUGUCAGCAGCCAGACAGCGGAACCCAAUGGGACCAACGCCGGCAUCAUGGGGAAUCGUGAUAGCACCCCCGGGGAGGGCCCAGGCAGCCCCCACGUGGAGAAAACUGUGGCCCUGCCUGCUGUGCUGAUCGUGAUGCUUGUGGCAGUGGCACUGGUAGUGGCCUGGAAGUGCAGGAGCCGGUGUCCCCGCUGGAACUAUGCAGCAGGUGCCCAGUGUUCGAGGCCAGAGCUGGAGUUGACUGACCAUGUUUGAUGAGAGCUCACCAUCCAGGAGAUGGACAAGGCUUCUGUGAGGUGUCACCAAGAGGGACGUCAGAGGCAGCUUGAGAAUUGACUCCAUCAGGCCGGUGGCAAAGGGAGGUUAUUGGCCCCACCUGUACCAUUAACGCGGGGCUUCAUGGACACGAAGCCUCGUUGGUCUUGGAGGGGACAGGCAGGGGCUUCCCCUGGAAAGACCGCACUUGACCCUAGGGAGAAUGUGCCUGGUGUUGCUCUGUCCCCAAGUGAGGCCCUUUCUAACGGGCUGGCAGCUCUGGAACACACCACACGCCGCCACGUGAGCGGUGCCCCACCUUCGCUGCCAAACACAGCAGAAAGAGACCUCAAGAUGCCUCCUUCCCGCCACCAGCCCCGGAGAGUCCUUGGCGCUCUGCUCGAUGUCCCGGAGGCACGCUGCAGGGUGAGGGGUUCUGAGAGUGACAGGAGGCCAGCGCCACGUGGAAGGAAGAAUGAAGGCAUCCGCGCUCUUCCGGGACGGCCUCUGCUGGGCAGGGGUUGAUGGAGGGCGUCUGCCAGGGCACCUCUGGGGGUCCGUGCACGUGUGCGAGUCCCAGGAGACGCAGGAAUGGUCACCACGGAAAGACCCCCAGGAUUCACUGUCGUCUGGGAUACUCGCCGGGAACCACACUCAGCCUCGGUGGUGGUGGUGGAAAGCUAGGUCCCCCUCCUGCACAAGCACAGCGGAAUUUUACGCAAAGAGGGCUGCUGCUGGCGCCCACGGACUGGGCGGCGUGGAUGCAGAGGGCACAGCCAGCGGUGUGGCAGUGCUUCAGAAUGCGCAGUAACCUCCUCAGGGAGCCGGCUGGGCAGCUCCCGUCACGCCCUGCGCGGUCGCCACGGCCUCUCACCUGGCCACUCCCAAGAACCUGCAGAGUCCGAUAGAGGCCUCGGCAUGAACCCCGGGUUCCUCAGAGCCCACCAGGCCCCCAGGGGAUGGGAGAUGGGCCGUGGUCCUGGCCCUUCCUGGGCAGUUUCCACGUUGUUGCCUGGAAUGAAUCUUGGAGUGUAAUGUUUCCAGGAGGUUCUGCAAUGGAGGCUGUCAGGUAACCCAGGCGUGUACACCCAGAAAAAUGGGGCCUGUGGUUCUGCCCGUGGUCAUUCCACACUGAUGGACCCCAGACCCAGACUUGGGGCAGAAGUGAGGACCUGGCUCCGUGGUGAAGGCAAGUUUCACACUUGUCAUGAGAAAGCCUUCGUUUGUCUUUGUAGCAAAAAGCCCUCCCAUGGCUUUUAAGUGAAUGUGAUGAGGGACCACCCAGACUUUAA